AUGGGAACCAGCGGUCCAUCUCCUCAGCUCAAUCGGUUUCUCCUCCUAUGCCUUUACCUUUUAAUGUGGACGGCGUCCUUAGCUUUUCAAUCCGACGAGCUCCUAAUAGACGAUGAAGAGUUCGGGCUCGAGGGCGGCCGAUCUCCCGACCCGCCAGUAGCAACCCGACCAGUUUCAACUCCUCCAGCGUAUCGCAAGAGGUCGGUCGAUUCGGGUUCGGAUCCGGACUCUAGAAUUCAAUUCACCCUCGAACACGCUUUUGGGGAUUCCGAUUUCACACCCGCCGGAACAUUUUGGGCUCGCCUCAAAACGUCGUCGCACGGCGGUCAGACACUUACAAAGCUUCGAUUCUCGAGAAAUGUCUUCAGUGAGACAGAGAAGGAGAAUUUCAAGAGACUCAUGGAAGGAGACGACUUCUAUAAAAUAAGACUGCCUUCCAAUGUUUUAAGUGCACCUGGAAGAGAGUAUAUAGUCUCAUCUGUGAAGGCGAGAUGUCUCUCACCACGGGAAGCAUUGGACGAGCAUUUUGUUAUUCACAUGGAAGGUGUGAAUAUCUUAGCUGUUAAUUAUGGUCCUCCAGGAUCGUGUCCGUAUCCCCGUCAACUGAAGCCUCCCACAAAGUGGACUUUCAAGUCACAUACGGUGUUGAAGAGCAGUGAUCAGGCUCCUAGCAGAACACCAAUCUUCACAGAAGAAGCUAUUGGCGAAAACAUAGAAGGCGAAGAACCUAAGCCGCCAGAAAGGUCCUUUUGGGCUAAAUAUUGGAUGUACUUGAUCCCUCUCGGCCUCAUUGUCAUGAAUGCCAUGACUCAGGCCAUGAACAUGCCCGAGGAACAGGGUAAUGGGCAACCAGGCACACAAACACAGCAAGCAAUUGCUGGUCGUGGUCAGGCUGCUGCUGUGAGAAGAAGAUGA